CAGCUGAUCAUCCCGGACGGAGAGUCGGACAAGAUCACGACCAUCAGCCCGAUAAUCCUGCACGGAGAGCGCCGUUUUCUAAAAUAUUUAACACAGAAAAACUGAACGACACGUCCAAGUGUCACCUUAAGGAAGCGAAACCUUCCGCAAGAUCGCAGUAAUCGAAGACAGAAGGCCAGGAUGUCCGGAAAAGACAGGAUCGACAUCUUCCCCUCCAGAAUGGCUCAGACCAUCAUGAAGGCCCGGCUGAAGGGAGCGCAGACCGGCCGCAAUCUGCUCAAGAAGAAAUCUGACGCCUUAUCCAUGCGCUUCCGCCAGAUCCUUCGUAAAAUCAUCGAAACUAAGACUAAGAUGGGAGAGGUGAUGAGGGAGGCUGCUUUCUCUUUGGCUGAAGCCAAAUUUGCUGCAGGAGACUUCAGCACAACCGUGAUCCAGAACGUCAACAAAGCCCAGGUGAAGGUCAGAGCCAAGAAAGACAACGUGGCAGGUGUCACUCUUCCCGUUUUUGAGCACUACCAAGAAGGCGGGGACAGCUAUGAGCUCACCGGUUUGGCCCGAGGAGGAGAGCAGCUCUCCAGGCUGAAGAGAAACUAUGCGAGAGCUGUGGAGCUGCUGGUGGAGUUGGCCUCCUUACAGACCUCUUUUGUCACCCUGGAUGAGGCCAUAAAGAUCACCAAUCGCCGUGUCAAUGCCAUUGAGCACGUGAUUAUUCCCAGGAUCGAUCGCACCCUCACCUACAUCAUCACGGAGCUGGAUGAGAGAGAAAGGGAGGAGUUCUACAGACUGAAGAAGAUUCAGGAGAAGAAGAAGCAGCUGAGGGAACGGACGGACAAGGAGAUCGCCGAGCGCCUGGCCAAGCUGGGCCCCAUCGCGGAGCCCGCCAACAUGCUGACGGAGGAGACGGACGAGGACCUGCUGUUCGAGUGAAGCCUCGACGAAGGCGGGCGCUCACCAACCUCACUUCACGCUCCUAUUUAUUCUGUGCCUCUCUGGCCAUGUCCGUGUCCUCCAAUCCAAGUGAUGAAAGUUGUUUCUGUUUUGGUUUUUUUGUUUUUCUGUUCGUCCAUGUCUGUGAUCAGUUGUUCCAAACGUUUCAGUGCAGGAAAGGUUCCCACUGAAGUGAUGUUGCACUUUGCUGUUACUCAACGGUGUGACAGACUGAGUGGAUAUUACAAUAACUGUAUGUGUGUUUACACGAGAGAUGUUAAAGCGUCGACGCAUUCCGUGUGACUGCUGAUGAAGUUGUAGAUAUUUAAGUUUUGCCACCACAUUUAGAGCCGUUGCAUGCUGUAAAGCUUAAAAGUGGUUGUGGAUUUCAAAGAGUGUGUGUGUGCGUGUGUGUGCGUGUGUGUUGUGGAGCAUCGUCCAGCUGCUGGCGUCACAUCCUGGGGGGUUACAGUGACCUCGGUGGAGGACGCUGACCGCGACACAUGAAUCCCCCAGUGUGACCCUGCUGUAAAAUGUGGUGAACAAGUCAAGAAAACACAAAAAUCCAUCCCAAUAAAGAUGUUGGAAAUAUUCA